AUGUCGCGCCCAGCGCCCCACGAGCCCCGCGGCCCGCCUGGACCCAACCGAGGCCCGCUCGGGCCCGAGCCGCCCGCCUCCGCGCCUGCGCCCGAGCUCUCCCGCUCCAGCGCGCCCGGCGCCACCCCGAUCGCCGUCCGCCGCCGGCGUGCGCCGCCGCAGCCCCGUGCCGGGCUCCUCCGCCGACCGCGCCUCGCGCCGCCGCCAACGCUCGCCGCCGCCUGCCGCGCGCCUCGCUGCCCGCGUCGCCCUGUCGCGUGCCUCGCUGCCUGCGUCGCCGUGCCGCGCCUCCGACCAGACGCCGCCCUCCGGCCACUCCUCCGCGUCGCCGGCGACCAGAUCCGGCGAGCCCCGAGCUCCUCCGCCUCUCCCCGGCAUCUCCGUGGUCAGGCCAAACCCAGCAAAAAGGCGAAACUGAAUAAGCCGGCCAACGAUUCCAACCCGUCUGAGCCGGAAAAACAACAACCAGAACCUUAUUGCUGA